UACUUUCAUUAGCUGUGCCAGUGUGACCACCAUUGGCACUGGAAACAUAUCGGUGACCGGGUUAUCGAACUCAGUGUCAUCUCUAACAGCACGGGUAAAGGCUUAGCUCAGCCCACUGCUCUGUUGCCAAAUUUGGAUACACAUCCCUUCCCUAAGGUGACGACAACGGCGCUUGCAUAAUGAAAAUCUGGACGUCGGAGCACAUCUUCAACCACCCGUGGGAGACUGUCACGCAGGCGGCGUGGCGGAAGUACCCUAACCCGAUGACGCCUUCCAUUAUUGGCACGGACGUGGUCGAACGCCGGGUGGUGGAUGGAGUGCUGCACACACAUCGGCUAGUGCAGUCCAAGUGGUACUUCCCAAAAUGGACGCACGCGCUCAUCGGCACAGCCAAGACUUGCUUCGCCAGCGAGCGUUCUACGGUGGACCCGGAGCGUAAACAAAUGAUGCUCAAGACGAACAACCUCACAUUUUGCCGGAACAUUAGUGUUGACGAAGUGCUGUACUACGAGCCUCAUCCGACGGACUCCAGCAAGACUCUGCUUAAGCAAGAGGCCACCGUGACCGUGUUUGGGGUCCCGCUGUCCCACUAUAUGGAGGACUUGCUUACUUCGACGAUCAGCACUAACGCGGGCAAAGGUCGGCAGGGCCUGGAGUGGGUGAUCGGGCUGAUUAACACAGAGGUCAAGGGCAUUGCCCGUGGCACGGAUGAACUUUUACACAGCACACGGCGCUCUAUAGACGAGGUCACGGAAAGCGCUCGGAAGAGCAUGGACGAGAUCAGCGCGCAGGCCGCGAAGGCUGCGAAGGCGAUGCAUAUAACAUAGGUGGCGACAAGGCGACAAUGCAGGGUCGCGCGGGUGUUGUUCAGUAGUAAUUAUUUUCAAAAGGCGCACGGUCGCCGUUUUAGUACAACAAUUAACCGAUGGCAAGAUGGACAUCUAGCAAACGUGGGGCAGCAACAAUUACUUCUUUUCUCAAGCCAUUAAAUAUAUUUUAUAACAACUACCUUUCGAUAGUGGCUAUCGGCUGAUAAACAGAGCUCUUAUCUGGCAGAAUUUGAAGAACUCACGCUAAUGCUGGCACCUAUUUAAGCAGAUCAAUAAACCUAAAGUACAUAGUUAAUUUAAGCUUUGUGAACCGCUGCAGAAAACAAAGAACGAAAAGAGCAAUAAAACGAAAAAUUUGCAAACAA